UUUUGCUUAUUCCUUUCCCACUUUCUCAAUGCCGUUUUGAUAUGCUGCAGCCUUUUUGCCCGCUCCACAGAAAAGCAAAGGGGUGAAAUCACUCUGUUCACACUCUGCCUCUCCGCAGCUGAAAACCCUAAAUUGAAGGAAAAGUGAUGGGAGAAGAAAAGGGGUCGUCUCUAGUUCAUUUGCUGGUUAUUGUUUUGAGCCUGACCGCCUUUGGGUUCUCAAUCGCCGCCGUUCACCGCGGUAGCACUGGUACAGUGGUACACUACAUCGUGAUGUCUCUUCCAAUAGUACAUACUGUGUUUACAGUUCAAAUGUUGCCACUGGAUAUGGCGUGGGCGCUUUCCUCUUUCUUUUUACAAGUGAGUCAUUGGUUAUGGGUGUGACCAAGUUCAUGUGUUUCGGAAGGCCUCUAUUCCCUGGCUCAAAUCGUGCUUGGACAAUUAUUUAUUUUUGUCUAUCAUGGGCGAGCUUUCUGAUCACAGAAACAUUACUUAUUGUUGGUUCUAAGAAAAGUGGUUUUCACACCAAGCAUCAAGGGAUGGUACAUGCGAGAAACUUUUCUUGUGAAACACUUCGCAAAGGUGUAUUCAUAUUUGGAGCUAUCUGGGUGAUCCUAACCAUGAUUCUUAAUGUGUAUUACUACAUGUACUUCUCCAGGGCUACUACUUCUCAACCAGCCCCAUCUAAACCAAAUUUACCCAUGUCUGAACUGAGAAAGUGAGACCAUAGUCAUGCUGGCCUAACUUACCAUCACUACAGUGAGACCAUUGAACAGAAUAGUUUUGACUUUUUGGUCUUGCUUUGUUGAUGAUGAUGUGGUAGUAAUGUAGUAUAGUGAUUCUUGCCGAAAAAUCUUGCAAGUUCUAAUACCAUAUGGAAUCACUCACAUUGAUGCUUUGUGACAUAUUUUGUGUGUACUUUAGCAUCGUUUGCAUAUGGUUCUACCAGAGAGAACUGUUUUGCAUAUAUCAUCAUCAUCAUCAAUAAUACUGAACACUUGUUAAAAAGUUCAUAAAAAUAUCUUUUCGAUUAAUUGUACUAAACAUGCCCUAUGCUUCAAUGCCUCGUGCAUCGGUG